AUGGAGAAGAAGGCUGCGAGGAAGAGGAAGAUGUCUCAGGACCACCAGGUAGACAGGAAGCUGAGGACGGAGACCAGAGAGGACAAAUCUCCACAGCAGAACCUCGUGGAAGAAGCAGUUUUGAAGGACUCCAUGGCACAGGAAUCGAACAGGGAGGUGGUCCAGGAGCAGCUUCAUGAUGGGGAGAAAUCACACAAGUGCUUGGAGUGUGGGAAGAGCUUCAGGCAGAGCAGCACCCUGAUCCGCCACCAGAUGAUCUACACUGGGGAAUGGGCCUAUGAGUGUGGGGAGUGUGGGAAGGGCUUCAGCUACAGCUCAGAACUCGUCAGGCACCAACGCAUCCACACUGGGGAGAGGCCCUAUGAGUGUCCCCAGUGUCAGAAGAGGUUUCAGACCAGCUCCAAUCUCCUCCGGCAUGAGCGGAUUCACACAGAUGAGAGGCCCUUCCGCUGCUCUGACUGCGGGAAGGGCUUCAACCGCAACUCCAAUCUCAUCAGACACCGGCGCAUCCACACUGGGGAGAGGCCCUACGAGUGUGGGGAGUGUGGGAAGGGCUUCAGCUGCAGCUCAAAACUUGUCAGGCAUCAACGCAUCCACACUGGGGAGAGGCCCUACGAGUGUCCUGAGUGCCAGAAGAGGUUUCACACCAGCUCGAAUCUCCUCUGCCACCAGCGGAUUCACACAGAUGAGAGGCCCUUCCACUGUUCUGACUGUGGGAAGAGCUUCAAGUACAACUCCUACCUCAUGAAGCACCAGCGCAUCCACACUGGGGAGAAGCCCUACCAGUGUCCCCAGUGUGGGAAGAGGUUUCACAUGAGCUCCAAUCUCCUCCAGCACCAGCGGAUUCACACAGAUGAGAGGCCCUUCCGCUGCUCUGACUGCGGGAAGGGCUUCAACUGCAACUCCCACCUUGUCACCCACCGGCGUAUCCACACUGGGGAGAGGCCCUACGAGUGUCCCCAGGGUGGACAGAGCUUCAGCCAGGGCUUGGAGAUGGUGGUCCAUGAGCAGCUUCCUGAUGGGGAGAAGCCCUACAAGUGCUUGGAGUGUGGGAAGAGCUUCAGGCAGAGCAGCACCCUGAUCAGCCACCAGAUGAUCCACACUGGGGAAUGGGCCUACGAGUGUGGGGAAUGUGGGAAGGGCUUCAGCUGCAGCUCAAAACUUGUCAGGCAUCAACGCAUCCACACUGGGGAGAGGCCCUACGAGUGUCCUGAGUGCCAGAAGAGGUUUCACACCAGCUCAAAUCUCCUCUGCCACCAGCGGAUUCACACAGAUGAGAGGCCCUUCCACUGUUCUGACUGUGGGAAGAGCUUCAAGUACAACUCCUACCUCAUGAAGCACCAGCGCAUCCACACUGGGGAGAGGCCCUACGAGUGUCCCCAGUGUGGGAAGAGGUUUCACAUGAGCUCCAAUCUCCUCCAGCACCAGCGGAUUCACACAGAUGAGAGGCCCUUCCGCUGCUCUGACUGCGGGAAGGGCUUCAACCGCAACUCCCACCUCGUCACCCACCGGCAUAUCCACACUGGGGAGAGGCCCUACGAGUGUCCCCAGUGUGGACAGAGCUUCAGCCAGGGAUCAGAGCUGGUGGUCCAUGAGCAGCUUCAUGAUGGGGAGAAGCCCUACAAGUGCUUGGAGUGUGGGAAGAGCUUCAGGCAGAGCAGCACCCUGAUCCGCCACCAGAUGAUCCACACUGGGGAAUGGCCCUACGAGUGUGGGGAGUGUGGGAAGGGCUUCAGCUGCAGCUCAAAACUCGUCAGGCACCAACGCAUCCACACUGGGGAGAGGCCCUAUGAGUGUCCCCAGUGUCAGAAGAGGUUUCAGACCAGCUCCAAUCUCCUCCGGCAUGAGCGGAUUCACACAGAUGAGAGGCCCUUCCGCUGCUCUGACUGCAGGAAGGGCUUCAACCGCAACUCCAAUCUCAUCAGACACCGGCGCAUCCACACUGGGGAGAGGCCCUACAAGUGUCCCCAGGGUGGGAAGAGCUUCAGACAGAGCUCUCAUUUGAGCAGACACCAACACAGUCACCAGUAAGGGAAGACAUGCAAAUGCUGCAACUGUGGACAGAGCUUCAGCCAGGGAUCGGAGCUGGUGGUCCAGGAGCAGCUUCAUGAUGGGGAGAAAUCACACAAGUGCUUGGAGUGUGGGAAGAGCUUCAGGCAGAGCAGCACCCUGAUCCGCCACCAGAUGAUCUACACUGGGGAAUGGGCCUAUGAGUGUGGGGAGUGUGGGAAGGGCUUCAGCUACAGCUCAGAACUCGUCAGGCACCAACGCAUCCACACUGGGGAGAGGCCCUAUGAGUGUCCCCAGUGUCAGAAGAGGUUUCAGACCAGCUCCAAUCUCCUCCGGCAUGAGCGGAUUCACACAGAUGAGAGGCCCUUCCGCUGCUCUGACUGCGGGAAGGGCUUCAACCGCAACUCCAAUCUCAUCAGACACCGGCGCAUCCACACUGGGGAGAGGCCCUACAAGUGUCCCCAGGGUGGGAAGAGCUUCAGACAGAGCUCUCAUUUGAGCAGACACCAACACAGUCACCAGGGAGAAAAGCCCUACAAGUGCUUGGAGUGUGGGAAGAGCUUCAGGCAGAGCAGCACCCUGAUCCGCCACCAGAUGAUCCACACUGGGGAAUGGGCCUACGAGUGUGGGGAGUGUGGGAAGGGCUUCAGCUGCAGCUCAAAACUUGUCAGGCAUCAACGCAUCCACACUGGGGAGAGGCCCUACGAGUGUCCUGAGUGCCAGAAGAGGUUUCACACCAGCUCGAAUCUCCUCUGCCACCAGCGGAUUCACACAGAUGAGAGGCCCUUCCACUGUUCUGACUGUGGGAAGAGCUUCAAGUACAACUCCUACCUCAUGAAGCACCAGCGCAUCCACACUGGGGAGAAGCCCUACCAGUGUCCCCAGUGUGGGAAGAGGUUUCACAUGAGCUCCAAUCUCCUCCAGCACCAGCGGAUUCACACAGAUGAGAGGCCCUUCCGCUGCUCUGACUGCGGGAAGGGCUUCAACUGCAACUCCCACCUUGUCACCCACCGGCGUAUCCACACUGGGGAGAGGCCCUACGAGUGUCCCCAGGGUGGACAGAGCUUCAGCCAGGGCUUGGAGAUGGUGGUCCAUGAGCAGCUUCCUGAUGGGGAGAAGCCCUACAAGUGCUUGGAGUGUGGGAAGAGCUUCAGGCAGAGCAGCACCCUGAUCAGCCACCAGAUGAUCCACACUGGGGAAUGGGCCUACGAGUGUGGGGAAUGUGGGAAGGGCUUCAGCUGCAGCUCAAAACUUGUCAGGCAUCAACGCAUCCACACUGGGGAGAGGCCCUACGAGUGUCCUGAGUGCCAGAAGAGGUUUCACACCAGCUCAAAUCUCCUCUGCCACCAGCGGAUUCACACAGAUGAGAGGCCCUUCCACUGUUCUGACUGUGGGAAGAGCUUCAAGUACAACUCCUACCUCAUGAAGCACCAGCGCAUCCACACUGGGGAGAGGCCCUACGAGUGUCCCCAGUGUGGGAAGAGGUUUCACAUGAGCUCCAAUCUCCUCCAGCACCAGCGGAUUCACACAGAUGAGAGGCCCUUCCGCUGCUCUGACUGCGGGAAGGGCUUCAACCGCAACUCCCACCUCGUCACCCACCGGCAUAUCCACACUGGGGAGAGGCCCUACGAGUGUCCCCAGUGUGGACAGAGCUUCAGCCAGGGAUCAGAGCUGGUGGUCCAUGAGCAGCUUCAUGAUGGGGAGAAGCCCUACAAGUGCUUGGAGUGUGGGAAGAGCUUCAGGCAGAGCAGCACCCUGAUCCGCCACCAGAUGAUCCACACUGGGGAAUGGCCCUACGAGUGUGGGGAGUGUGGGAAGGGCUUCAGCUGCAGCUCAAAACUCGUCAGGCACCAACGCAUCCACACUGGGGAGAGGCCCUAUGAGUGUCCCCAGUGUCAGAAGAGGUUUCAGACCAGCUCCAAUCUCCUCCGGCAUGAGCGGAUUCACACAGAUGAGAGGCCCUUCCGCUGCUCUGACUGCAGGAAGGGCUUCAACCGCAACUCCAAUCUCAUCAGACACCGGCGCAUCCACACUGGGGAGAGGCCCUACAAGUGCCAUGAUUGUGGACAGAGCUUCAGGCAGAGCUCAAAGCUGUUCUCCCAUGAGCAGCUUCAUGAUGGGGAGAAGCCCUAUAAGUGCUUGGAGUGUGGGAAGAGCUUCAGGCAGAGCUCCCACCUCCUCUGCCACCAGAUGAUCCACACUGGGGAAUGGGCCUACGAGUGUGGGGAAUGUGGGAAGGGCUUCAGGUGCAGCUCAGAACUCGUGAGGCACGAACGCAUCCACACUGGGGAGAAGCCCUAUGAGUGUCCCGAGUGCCAGAAGAGGUUUGCCACCAGCUCCAAUCUCCUCCUGCAUGAGCAGAUUCACACCAAGGAGAAGCCCUUCCGCUGCCCUGACUGCAGGAAGGGCUUCAAGAACAACUCCAACCUCAUCAGACACCGGCGCAUCCACACCAGGGAGAGGCCCUACAAGUGUCCCCAGUGUGGGAAGAAGUUUCAGACCAGCUCCAAUCUCCUCCUGCAUGAGCGGAUUCACACCGAGGAGAGGCCCUUCUGCUGCCCUGACUGCGGGAAGGGCUUCAAGCACAACUCGACCCUCAUCACCCACCGGCGCAUCCACACUGGGGAGAGGCCCUACGAGUGUCCCCAGUGUGGGAAGAGCUUCACCCAGAGCUCUCACUUGACCCAACACCGACGGAGGCACCAGUAAGGGAAGCCCUGCAAAUGCCGUAGUUGCAGGAAGAGCUUCAUGCCCAGUUGCAGCUUCAUCCCCCGUUGUAAGACCCAUGUUGGG